AUGGACUCUUACUUGAACACACCGAUGGGGCCCCGAAAGCCUCUCUCGCGGGAUCCCAACGAGCUCCUUCAACAAACAACCACGAUGCUUUUCACCAAGUCUGAAGUCCCUGGUUCCCUGCGCGAACGACUUAUCGGCGAUUUCGUAGGCCUAUUCAAGCAAAGGGACGAGCUUGAUGCCGACGUGCUGCUGAGGAAAAUGUUCAUCAUCCUUGAUUAUUACUACUUCCAACGAAGCCUAUCAGAGCAUGCAGUUCAGUUGUCCAUCUACAACCAAGGCCCAACGGCGAGUGACCUGGCAGGUUUGUAUAUUGGUGGAGGUAUUUACAUGUACAGACACUCAGGCAGUAACGGAGAGCGCAUUACGCCCUCGGAGAUGAUUUCUACUCUCAUCCAUGAGAUGACACACGCUUACUUUGCUGUUCUAACGGACCGAGCAAAGCGUCGAGAACUGGUGGACAAGAAUGGAGGCCAUGGGCUACCAUGGAAUGCACUUUACCACUCCAUCAUUAAUGAUGUGUGUAAGUGGUCGCCUGAGCUGGCUACAUUUGGACAGCUGCUUGACGAAAGAGGCACUCCGGAGAACAUUAACGAUGCUAACAGACUAUCAUAUCAGCUCGAUCAAGAUGAACAUACGUCAGACAACAAAGGUAAAGGUAAGUAG